GUGAGUUCAUUGGAUUAGAAUUUUGAACACGUAGUGGAAAAAUGCUGGAAUCUUAUUGGCCUAGAAUUUUAAAUAGUGCCUAAAUUUCGUAUAAAAGAAGCGCUAAAUUGAUCAAAGCAAGUACAACAUUUUACAAAGAUGUUUAAGCGGGCAGUUUUAUUGAUAUUAAGUUUUCCUUUGGUUUUAGCAUUCCACUCAUCGGAAAAGGAAGCACUCAAGGUAUUCGCAAAGCAACCAAAGCUUCUAUAUAAUGGUGUGUGUGAGACAAAAUCGUUGAUAGACAACGUGGACCUGACAGAGAAUGACACGGCUACCAUCUCCUGUGAAACAAGUCGAGGAACAUCUGUACACCAAGGGGACAUAUGUUUGGUUAAAGUACUCCGAAAUGCGGAAGAAAAGGUGCUGAACUACCGUUGCCUCAAUGGACACUGGUAUCGAAACAAGUCGAAUAAAAAUGCACUUGGAAGUCGUCGAAAGAAACGUUUCUUUGGAUGGAUCAAAAAAACAGUAAAAAAAGUGGCUACCAUAGUGUAUUGCAGCCUGGCUAGAUGUGUUAAAGAGAGAGUGAAUGUUGUAAACGCGAAAGCCCCACCAAAAUACACGAGCUGUCCUACUUUGAACAUUCAAUUACUGUAUAUGGCACAGCCGGGGGAAAGGGGAGCACGUGUUCAGUGGGUCGAACCGUCCUUUACCGGAGAAGCCAGCCCGACAAGCUCGCAAACCUGCUGUGGACCAUAUACAAAUGGGGACAUGUUUCCGGGCUCUAUCGACGGAAUCAGGCACUACAUCACGUACACGGCAAUCGAUAACUACGGCAGAACAGAUUCAUGCUCAUUUAGCUUUAUAGUCUUCUACUUAUCCUGCUCCGAACCGUACGUCGACGACCACACCAAGAAGACUACAUGCUCCGAUGGAAACAACGAAGGAAGCGUUUGCCAGUUUAGAUGUGUUGAUGGGUAUAAAUUCGCUUCCAAUGGACCUUUUACAUCAUCAUGCGCACGAGCAUCAGAUUCCGGUGCUAGCUGGUCACCUUUUCCAACAUGCGAAAAGAUAAGUUGUCCGUCACCGUUCAAACCGGUCAACGGUAACGUUUCAUGCACGAGCCCACAGUACUUGUACGAUGAAACGUGUGUAUUUUCCUGUAACGAUGGAUACAAAUUACAAGGAUCUCCAAUUAUGAUCUGCAUGGAAAAUGAACAGUGGUCAAAGUCAGCGACUGAAAUCAGCUGUGAAGACAACGAUCCGCCGGUGAUAACUUGUCUGCCGCAUGUAUUUUAUGCAGACACAGGAACUCUUUCUACACAUGUGUAUUGGGAAGAACCGACAGUAACGGACAACGUCGAUAUUGAUAUCGUCGCAACUAAACUCAGUACUGAUAUCAACCAAGGAGAUUUGUUAAGCCAGGGGACGUAUGAAGUUAGUUACCGUGCAACCGAUAGUACUGGAAACACAUAUUCGGCAAUAUCUGAAUGCAGUGUUAUUCUUGAAGUCAAAGUGAUUCGUUGUGAUGGCAGCCCGGUAGAUGCUCUGUCCGAUUCGAGCUUCCUGAGAUACAACUGUUCGGACAAAUCUUACUAUGAUGGCGUUCAGUGUGAUAUCGGGUGCGAGUUGAACCUUGACCUGAAUGGAUCGUCCGUAAUGACGUGUGGAAGGAAAGCCGAUGAAACUGUUGGUGUGUGGGCAUGGGAAUCGGACACUGAGCCACACUGUAUAGUUGUUGAGUGUCCUCCACUCUUUCCACCGGCGAAUGGAGCAAUAACGGUCGAUUCUAUAAACGCCAGACCAUUGAACGUGAUGACAUGUGAAGCAGGAUUAGCAGUGCCCAACGUGGGCAAUGCAUUUACCGGUCGAUUAUCAUGUCAGGACAGCGGCGAGUGGUUCCCCUUGGACCAGUUUCCGGAUUGUGUUGAACCUGGUUUCUUUACGAUAGCAUUACCUGCAGAACUGUACUACGAUGGUGACUGCAAUGAUGAUGUUACAAAAGAAAUGAUCAAAGCCACAGUCCUCGCCUAUCUCGGAUCCAUUCAAGCAGAUAUUGACAAUUCAAUAUGUCCUGGCGAGAGCUGCACCGUAGACAACCUUGAAGUUAUUUGUGGUGCAACACGGAAACGCAAGGAGAUACGGAAACGCAAGGAGAUACGGAAACGCAGGAAAAGCUAUCAUCUGCGUAGAAAACGACAGUCUAGUUAUGCGUUAGUACGUCGUAACAUAGGUGCUAUAUUUAAUACCUCCAACAGAAAUGCACAGGAGGCUUUUGCCGAUCUAUUUCCAAAGCUGAUCGCGAUCGGAGCUGGUGCAACACGGAAACGCAAGGAGAUACGGAAACGCAAGGAGAUACGGAAACGCAGGAAAAGCUAUCAUCUGCGUAGAAAACGACAGUCUAGUUAUGCGUUAGUACGUUGUAACAUAGGUGCUAUAUUUAAUACCUCCAACAGAAAUGCACAGGAGGCUUUUGCCGAUUUAUUUCCAAAGCUGAUCGCGAUCGGAGAAAGAAUUGCAUCCGAUGUGGCAAAUGGUAGCGUUAAUGUAUCCGGAUUUUCACUGUCUGACGACGCGUUUGUUGUGGAUAGUUCAUCUAGUUCAGCUAAAAAGAUUUGCCCAGAAGGAACUAUUCUUGAUGGCUUUAUCUGUAAGCCCUGUCCAACCGGAACUUUCCACAAUGCAACCUCACAAUAUUGUGAACCAUGCCCGAUCGGACAAUACAUCGGGGAACCCGGUAGAGCUCAAUGUGAGCAAUGUCCUGUAGAUCAUAGUACGAUGAAGACAGGUUCAAAGUCCAUUUCCAACUGUACAAGACUAUGCAAUCCUGGUUUUGUAUCUGGAACAACGAUGGUACCUUGUAAAGCAUGCCCGCAGGGUACAUUUCAGCCGUACAAAGGGCAGACAACUUGCCAUAAAUGUCCGCCCGGACUAACGACACCUAGUGGAAACAGCACAUCCCAGGCAAUGUGUCAGCCCUUUGAUACACAGUUUACAUCAUUUCCAAGAAGACAAGUUUCACAGUGGUCGUCACAAACACAGAUGUCAGUCCUGUCAUUGUCCUUCUGGGCGAAACUUGUGCACGGAUUUAGCCCAGAUGCUUCCAUUAUAAUAUCGGACGGGGAUACUGAUAUUAUCACGGUUAAUAUUCAGCAAAGUGUGACCGCACAUGCGCAGUCAAGUGAAAUAGACAUCUCAUCAAUGUUGUCAAGUCAGAACUGGACACACUUUAUAGUUGAAUUCGAUUUCUCUUCCUACGAGGUCAGAGCAUAUGUGAACAAUGUCAACGUUAUUAAAACAACAGUUUUAGCAGCCGCAUCGUUGAGUGACGCACAAAUAUAUCUGGAAUCUUCCGGCAAACUGCAACUUGCGGGUAUGAAACUAUUAAGCAGAACCAUAUCAGAGGAUGAAAGAGAGGAACUGAGUAGAUCAUGCUAUGUUACCUUUGGGGAUGAACUCUUUACUUUGGACACAAUAGUGGGAAACCUGUUAGAUGGCCUAAUUGUUUUAUUACCAUCCACGUGUGACCCUGUCGACGAGUGCAGCUCUUCACCAUGUGGAAACCACAUAUGUAUUAAUGGAAUCGGUGAAUUUGAAUGUAUUUGCAACGACGAUUGGUCAGGAGACACGUGUGAGAUUCCGCCGGACUUUUGUCUUCAGAAUGAGUGCGGUGAACAUAGCAUUUGUGUAAGCACAAACAGCACGUAUCAAUGCAACUGUACUGACAAAUUCUCGGGCACAAGCUGCGUCAUACCGCCAGGUGAUGGAGCUUGGUCACCGUGGAGUGACUGGUCAAGCUGUGGCGCCACAUGUGGUGGUAGUACCAAACAUAGAGCACGUAAGUGUGUGUACCCUGAAGAUGGAUUGCAGGGGCAAGUGUGUACCGGACCAUCCAAUGAAACUGUUGAGUGUAACAACCAGGAAUGCCCAGAUUGCCCGUCACUAAAACGUGGACGGGGAACCAGGAAGCACUGCGAGACAGAUCAAGAUACAGGAGACACACACUGCAAUCUUACCUGUAUUGUUGGGGAGGCGUGGCCAUCCGGACAAAGACCGUAUGAAUCAUACUCUUGCGGAAGGACAACAGGCUACAUUUGGAAACCAUUUGAUGUACUUCCUGAUUGUGAAGGAUAUACUUCACCAACGGAUUUGGGAUUUACCUUCGAAGCCAAUUUCAACAAUGAUCUACCCACCACUGGAAAAGAAACAGUCGAAACAAACAUUAAAACAGAAGCAAACCAAGUCAACUGUAUUCAAACAAGUAAAUGUCAGAUGACUGUCGACUGGGAUCAGAACACCAGGCGGAAAAGAGCAUCAACUGGAACAACAAUAAGGCUUUUGAUUUCAAUCAAUUUUGCAGGAUUAGAGGACCUGAAUAUUGCACAGUAUCUAACUGAUGGAACUGUAAGCGCCGAUCUUGACGAACUCCAGUCUGCAUUCUCUGAUCUACAUCAACUAUAUGAAUUCUUCCAAUACAACAUAACCAACAUCUUUGUUGUCGAUAUAGAUGGAACGGUUUAUACCCUGGAUGAUAGUUCUGUUCUUUCCUACUUGUCAGUAACUUGCUCAACUGGGUAUGCAGGAACAGACGGCAUGUGUGUCCAAUGUCCCGAAGGCACUUACGAAUCCCAGUCAGUGUGUCGCAGCUGUGACCUUGGGACGUAUCAGUCACAGAAAGGUCAAACGAAUUGCUCCGCGUGUCCAGAUGGGUUCACAACAGCGACAGACCUAUCUACUGAUGCUUCAGAAUGUUCAGUAACGGUGGACAAGUCAACGGAUGAUGAGGAAGGCAAAGACGAGGAGGAGGGAGAGGACCAAACCAAUAUUCCAAGCCACCCUGGUUUUAUCAAUCGAGGCGUGAUAGUAGCAAUUGCUUUGAGCUGCGCCGCCCUGGUCUUUGCAGUUGCUGCUGUUAGCUGCAUUGUUUACAAAAAGAAUGCGAGGCGAAAGCACAGAACGGACCGACACGGAAGUAUGGCUAGUUUAAGCCAGGUCAGACCAGACUCAGACACUCCAUAUGUCGUGGAUGUCAGUAAGAAAGGAUAUGAAAGAGCGCGAUCCGAUGUAUCUGGAAUUUCUUUGGUGGAUUUAGAUCUUCCGCCUCCUUACGACUGUGUAUCACCAAAGAAAGUCCAUUGGUGAAGAGUAUCAGGGGGAGGAGAAAUGGAUGUUUUCAUAUUUUGCGAGAUUUUUUGCUUUUUUAACAGGCAAUCAUAGCAGUUUUUAUUUAUUUGGGAAAAAAGUUCUUGAAAGUGACAUUCUUAUUCAAAAUCAAUACAUACACAUGUAAAACAAACAUAUAUUUGAGUGAUAAACCUUUAACUCCUUACUAAAUGAUGCAUUUAUUCUGCACCUUUCUUUCAAAUUAAACAUGGUAUCGUUCAUAAGAACCACUGUUUUAUACAUUUAUUCAGCCUUUUUGGUAUAUUAAAACAAUUGUCUUAUUUGAAGUUAAUCUUAUUUCGGAGUAAGAGUGCAUCUUUAAUUUAAGUAUGAAUAUUGUUAUACUUGUAAUAAUACAUAAUAAAUCGGUUGAAAAAUGUUUCCAUCGUUAAUGUGAAUGCAUCAACCAUAACAGUGGACAAAUGUUGCUCAUGGUGAUCAUGGACGGCAAGAGUUCACAUUGCUUGUGUUGAUGAAUAAUGUUGAAAUUGCUUUAUGUUAAUCACAUCACAUAUUAAUAUUUAAUAGGUCAAACAAGUACUAUACACAAACAUCAUGUAAAUGCAUUAUAUAUGUAUAUCAGUUGUAAAUAUGUUUUGCUCUUCAUAAUUGGAUGAAAUAAAUAUAUACAUAUAUGG